UGAAAAAUGUUGUGUGUGUAACCGUGUUUUAACUUACUCUUUGAAUCUUUCUUCUUGUCUUGCACUCUUUUUCUUGUUUUUUUUUAGUAUAUGGAAGAUCAACAAUUGUUUCUUCCAUGGACAAAAUUCUGGAAUAAAUCAUCUUGUUGUGUUGCUUCUCAUUACAGUAGAAGACAACUUCAAUACAUACAAACAUACAACAAAUAUUAACAGAAGAAACAAUCAGAAAAAGACAUUCCAAAAUCAUGACUACUUCUUCAAUCAUUUUCAAAUUUGUUGUUUUCCUUGUUAUUUCUUCUUCAUUUAGUACUGUUUUGUCUGAGCAUAGUACUCUCCAAGCAAAUCAAACAUUCCGGCCAAAGGAAGAAUUGUUGAAACUCAAGAAAAUAAAGGGUUAUCUCAAGAAAAUCAACAAGCGUCCCGUCAAAACGAUUAAGAGUCCAGAUGGGGAUUUAAUAGAUUGUAUUUUAUCUCAUCUUCAACCAGCUUUUGAUCAUCCUCAGCUUAAAGGAAUGAAGCCAUUGGAACCUCCAAAGAGGCCUAAAGCUAAUGACUCAAUGAAUGUAAUGGAAGAAAGUUUACAACUUUGGUCAGUUUCUGGAGAAUCAUGCCCAGAAGGAACUGUUCCUAUUAGGAGAACAACAGAGAAAGAUGUAUUGAGAAGUAAUUCAUUAAGAAGAUUUGGUAGAAAAAUUAGAAGAGGUGUAAGACAUGACACAUUGAGCAAUGAUCAUGAGCAUGCAGUAGCAUUUGUGAAUGGAGAACAAUAUUAUGGAGCAAAAGCAAGCAUUAAUGUAUGGACACCAAGAGUUACAGAUCAAUAUGAAUUCAGUCUGUCACAACUAUGGGUCAUUUCUGGCACAUUUGGUAAUGACCUUAAUACCAUUGAAGCUGGUUGGCAGGUCAGCCCGGAAUUAUAUGGAGACAACUAUCCUAGGUUCUUUACUUAUUGGACGACAGAUGCAUACCAAGCUACAGGAUGUUACAACUUAUUAUGCUCAGGUUUUGUUCAAAUAAACAAUAGGAUUGCUAUGGGAGCUGCAAUAUCUCCAAGAUCAUCUGUUAAUGGUAGACAAUUUGAUAUUGGCAUAAUGAUAUGGAAGGAUCCAAAGCAUGGACACUGGUGGCUAGAAUUCGGGUCGGGUCUAUUAGUUGGAUACUGGCCAGAUUUCUUGUUUAGCCAUUUAAGAGGACAUGCAAGCAUGGUACAAUUUGGAGGUGAAGUAGUGAACUCAAGAUCAAUGGGAUAUCACACUUCAACACAAAUGGGAAGUGGACAUUUUGCUGAUGAAGGAUUUGGAAAAGCUUCUUAUUUUAGAAAUUUGCAAGUUGUUGAUUGGGAUAAUAACUUGAUUCCUUUGUCAAAUCUUCAUCUAUUAGCUGACCAUCCAAAUUGCUAUGAUAUUAGAGCUGGAAAAAAUAAUGUUUGGGGUAAUUAUUUUUACUAUGGUGGUCCAGGAAGAAAUUCAAGGUGUCCAUAGUUGGAAAAGAAAAAAAGAGUGCAAUUAAUUUCAUUUUGGUCUUGUAGAGUGUCCUAUUUUUAAUUUUUUGGUCUUUUGUGUCCCUAUUUUGACCUAGGAUAUAGAAGGUUUGGGUCAUUUCUAUGAUUCUUUCAUAUAUAACAAAAAACCUAGUUUGCUCCAAAGUUACUUAUUUGACCAUCAUGAGCUGAUGUAAAUAUUUUGGUGAGAAGUUGAUAGUAUUGAUUUACAAU